UUGGAUAUUUCCUUCUCUCUCUUCCCAAACACGCUUCCAUUUCUCGGUACGGCAUUUGGUUCCUUCGGUCCAACGUCGGUAGAGAUGAAAAACCUUUCUUUCUGAGGAAGAAAGAAAGAUAGAGACCCUUCAAUACAUCUUCAGGCGUCAUUAGUUCGAUUCCCUUUCAGAACCUUGCCUGUGCAAGCCACUAUACUUCGAUCUCCUUUAAGCACGACCCAACGGUGACUCAAAACUACCUCCCUCCAGCCAUGUUCAAAUCCUUCUGGGGCUCUCAAGAGCAGCAAUCUCAGCCCCGUCCAGCAGAGAUUCCUACAAAUUCAUGGUAUCCUUCAUCUGUAGUGAACUCUCCUAGUUCGUCACGCCCAACUACGCCUGGUAGCAUCUCCUCAAAUGCACAAAGGCCUGUUGAUCGGACACAAGCACCUUAUCAUGUUUCACCUGCUGAGGCUUCUGGAAUUAUUGCUCUAUUAAAUGAUAAGAGCGUGGAUGAACUACGGAAUCUUUUAUCCGAUAGUGGUGCAUACAGCCAUUUCUUACUUUCAUUGGAUCAAGUCAAAACACAAAACAAUGUAAGAGAUGAACUUCGGAAGGAAACAUUACAGCUUGCCAAGAAAAACCUGGAGAAAGAACCAAUGCUUAUGGAAUUACGGAAUCAGUGCAGUAUUAUCCGGACCACUGAAUUAGCUGCAGCUCGAGAGAAAAUGAAUAAACUGGAGCGGCAAAAGGAAGAGGAAUUGAAGUUUUAUUCACCUGCAUCUAUCCUCAACCGCCUACAAGAUGCAAUGAAUAAGAGUGAGGAGGAAUCAGAGAUGGUUCACCAGCAUUUGCUCGACAAAGAGAUAGAGAUAGUGGCUUUCGUGCAGAAAUAUAAGAAGCUUCGAAAUACUUACCACAAGCGAGCUCUCACUCACCUUGCAGCCAGAACAUCUUUAACCCACGGAUGAGAGAAUUAUUAUCGUUCUUGUUGCAAGUAAGUCUGUUUGAUGGUUCUCAGAAAUGUUGAUCUGUGCAAUAAGACAAAAAUAUUAGUAGAUAUAGGUUAUAUUGAUUGUGGUACAUACAAACCUACCAGAAUAUUGAGUUGAUAAUUUUUUCUCUAAUCAAUAGUAUAUCAUGUGAUGAAGGCUAA